AUGAACUUUGGAUCCCCUCUUCUUGAAUACAAAAUUAAUCACCGUCUGGAGCAACAACGAUACGCAGACGACUUGACCAUGAACGUCGAGACAGAGAUACUCCGACGUGACUGUGGUAGUACCAAGAAGGGUUCAUUCUCCUUCUCAUCGAACGAAUUUGUCGAACAUGAAUAUUCUCUGAACAAAGAGAAACUUUAUUAUUUGCUGAUAGUCAUAGAAGCUGGAAUCGAUAAGGAUAAUGAUGCUCAGAUUAUGAUCAACGACAUGAUUUUGUCCUUUUGUGAUCCGACAUGUGUGAAGAAUAAAAGUUUUAGAGGAGUUUGGACAGUAUUCUUACAAUGGAGCUCAAAAGAAUCUCUCCAGUGGGAGUUUAAUGUUGAUACGAAUAUAAAUGCAUUUUUCAUUUACAUAGAAGAAGAUCUUCAGUACAAAGAUUUGAUGAAGAUUGUCUCCGAAGAUUUUAGUAUUAAAGAGGAAGAAAUAAGUUUGAGUUAUGAGAUUUCGUUGGACUUGAAGAGUAUUGUUGAAGGUUUUCCCCCAAUCUCCAUAGGAAAUACUCACCAGCUCAAAAGUUUCAUCGGCAAGAUUAGAGCAUUUGAUGGAACAUGUCGGUUGUGUGUUAAGGUUUGUAUGAUUUUCUUCAACUAA